UGUUAGUGCAAUCGUUUUUUAACACUAGUGCCUUAAGAGAAUUAAUUUUUUCCUGCAAGAUGAUGGAGCUGCAGUCAAAUGAAGACGUCGAUUUAGAGGAUGGCGAGCUGUCAGCAAGCGGCGAGGAGGAGAUCUAUACGCCGUUGCAGCGGCCGGCGCCGGCUUCAAACGUUGCAACAGCUGCAAAGGGAGUUGCCGAAAGCAAUGCAACAAAUUCGCUUGCCACCUGCCAUCAGCUUCAAAGCGCCUUGGACGAUGAGUCUCAAACGAAUAGCGAGCAGAGCACCAGCGGCGAGUCCUCUGAAGAGGGCUGCAUCAAAAAGCUGCGCACCGAAAAUCUCGGCUCCAACAAAAAGCGCAAGAAGCGCAUUAAAAGAACCGUUAUGAUACGUGUGUCUUCUGCCACAGCUGAAGGCUGCUCAUCCGCCGACGCCGCCUCCUCCUCGACUGGGGAACCGAAUCGCGCGCGCUUCAAGAAAUAUAACAUAUGGACAGCGGCACUGCAGGAGGAGGCAUUGACUGAGAAUAUGCGCGGCUGCGAUGUGAACCACAAAAGCAGCAGCGAUCGUAAUGUGGAGAACUAUGAUUUCUCUUUGAGAUAUCGCCUAAAUGGAGAGCAUGCGCUAAAGCGGCGCCUGUCCAACUCUUCUGACGAGGGCAACAGCUCACAGCCGGCGUUCAAGCGAGGGCGCUCUGCCUGCUUGGACAGCCAGCGACGGGAUCAGCGACGUCCGAUCAAAAGUAGGCUUGGUUCAAGGUCGAGAUCCCGUCGUGGCAAUUCCUCAACGAGCGGCUCUUCGGACAAUUCUAGUGAGCCGCGACACAUACUUGACUUGCAAGACGUGACGGGACGCGAACCCAAGGAUGUGGCUAACGAAAUGGCCAGUAAACUGUAUGAGGAGAAGGACGAACUUUUGGUUCGUGUUGUUCAAAUACUUGGCUUAGAUUUGCCACUGGAGCUGUACAAGGAAACGCAACGCAUCGAAGCUGAUGGGGGAAUGAUGAUCAACAACGGCCGACGUCGUCGUACACCUGGCGGAGUUUUUCUAUUCCUGCUCAAGCAUCAUAAUCUCAUAACGCCAGCGCAACAGAAAUCAAUUUUCAGCGAGGAUCGCCAGAAUGAGAGCAAGUCGCGAAAGCAACUGGCCUCAUUAAUACGGGAUCGUAAAGUUGAGGAGCUAAAGAAAUGUUUAAGUGAAAAGAGUACCGAAAUGCCUUUAUUAAAUAGCCGGAAGGAAUUGGCACAAAUACAGCCAGGCAAUUUAUCAAAUCCUCCGCCAUCGCCUGUUGGUCAGGAGCAAAGCAGCCCGGAAUAUAGAACUCAUGAAAUAAAUAUAAAUGUGGUCGAUAAUACUGAUCUGCCAUCGACUUCAAAAGCUGCUACAGCAGCAGCAAGCCUUAAGCAAUUGGUCAGCUACGACGAUGAUAUUCUCGAUGUGAAUUGUGGCGAAAUGGAUUUAUUUUAAAUGAAUACGCUAAGCGUUAAACAACGAGGCCAUUCGUUUUAUAUUAUUAUAUAUAUAUGGAGUGGCGCAUAAUUUUUGACAUUUAUAUAGCUAGAAAUAUAUUUGUAAAUCUAAAUAAAUGCGUAGCG